AUGUCAGGACGGGGAAAGCAGGGUGGUAAAGCCCGCGCUAAGGCCAAGUCGCGCUCAUCCCGCGCGGGCCUUCAGUUCCCGGUGGGUCGCGUCCACCGCCUACUCCGCAAAGGUAACUAUGCCGAGCGGGUCGGGGCCGGCGCGCCCGUGUACCUGGCGGCGGUGCUCGAGUACCUGACAGCGGAAAUCCUGGAGCUGGCGGGCAACGCUGCUCGAGACAACAAGAAGACUCGCAUCAUUCCCCGCCAUUUGCAGCUGGCUGUGAGAAACGACGAAGAACUCAAUAAGUUACUCGGGGGUGUCACUAUUGCCCAGGGCGGCGUUUUGCCAAACAUUCAGGCGGUCUUGUUGCCCAAGAAAACGGAGAGUCACAAACCUGGCAAGAAUAAAUAAUUGAGAGGGUCUAUACCAUCCCCAUUCACCCCAAAGGCUCUUUUAAGAG